CCACUUUUCGCUUUCUUUCUCCAUCUCUGUCACCGUCUCUCUCUCUUUCUGGACUUGUCUUUAUUUGGCACUCCCGGAAGCCGACGGGCAUUUCUCUCCCUGCCUGCUCGGGCAGCUGAUGUGACUGACUGACACCGGCUCCCGCUGAGGAGGAGGAGGAGAAGGAGGAGGAGGAGGAGGGAGAGCGACGGCGAGGAGAGGCGAGGGAGGGGGGGAGCGAGCGGCCGGCCACGGAUUGUCAUUGCAGAGAGAAGGAGGAAAAAAAAAAAAAAAAAAAAAAGGGGGCUGCGCGGGUCAUCAAAACAGAAUGGCAGAGAAUCAUGGCUUGAUGGAGAGAUUGGAGAAAGCAGUGACUCGACUUGAAUCAUUAUUUUCAGAUUCCCAGAGAUCUGGUGGAAUGGAGUGUGAUGCGAUGAACGGUGUCAAUGGAAGCAUAGCUCCAUACGUGGAGGCCUUUGAUAGGCUGCUGAAUGGAAGUGUUGCUGAGUUUCUCAGGUACAGCAAGAUUCUUGAAGGUGAUGUGAAGACACAUGCAGAGAUGGUACGUGCUGCUUUCCAAGCACAGAGAUCUUUCCUGGUGUUAGCAUCUCAAUGUCAAGAGCCUCAAGAGAAUGAAGUGGCUGUGCUUCUCAAACCAAUAUCAGAGAAGAUUCAGGAAAUACAGAACUUUAGAGAAAGAAACAGGGGAAGUCAAAUGUUCAACCAUCUCUCAGCUGUCAGUGAAAGCAUACCUGCACUCGGCUGGAUAGCAGUGUCUCCUAAACCAGGCCCUUAUGUCAAGGAGAUGAAUGAUGCUGCUACCUUUUAUACUAACAGGGUAUUAAAGGACUACAAGCACAGUGAUACACGUCAUGUUGAUUGGGUGAAGUCCUACUUGAACAUCUGGUCUGACCUUCAAGCAUAUAUCAAAGAACAUCAUACUACAGGUCUCACCUGGAGUAAAACUGGUCCUGUUGCAUCAGCCACGUCUAUGAGAUCUGUCCUAACCAGUGGGUCGUGCCCCUCUUCAACACCUCCUCCACCACCACCACCUCCACCAGGACCUCCCCCCAUCUUUGACACAGAAACCCCCCCAAAGGAUGAAGGAACGGCAUCUCGCUCAGCACUGUUUGCACAGCUUAACCAAGGAGAGGCAAUUACCAAAGGGCUUCGCCAUGUCUCUGACGACCAGAAGACUCACAAGAACCCCAGCCUACGUGCCCAAGGUCCACCCGCUCGUUCUCCCACGAAAAGCCAUACUCCAAGUCCCACCUCCCCCAAGAACUCCCCGCAGCAGAGCCAUGCCCCUGUCUUGGAGCUAGAGGGGAAAAAAUGGAGAGUGGAAUAUCAAGAGGAUAAGAACGACCUCGUCAUUACCAACACUGAACUCAAGCAAGUAGCCUACAUCUUCAAGUGUAACAAGUCUACACUUCAGAUAAAAGGGAAGAUCAAUUCGAUUACUAUUGAUAACUGUAAAAAGUUUGGCCUUGUGUUUGACAACGUUGUGGGAAUCGUGGAAGUGAUCAAUUCCAGGGAUAUUCAGAUUCAGGUGAUGGGGAAAGUGCCAACCAUUUCCAUUAACAAAACAGAAGGCUGUCACAUCUACCUCAGUGAGGAAUCAUUAGAUUGUGAGAUCGUGAGCGCCAAGUCUUCUGAGAUGAACAUCCUCAUCCCCCAAGAUGGUGAUUAUAAAGAAUUUCCGGUUCCUGAACAGUUCAAGACAGCAUGGGAUGGAUCUAAGUUGGUCACUGAACCUGCAGAGAUCGUGGGUUAGCCUCCUAACAGCACCCAGCGCUCACUGACCGUGAUCAGACCACAGCCAGCAGAAAACAACGCAGCAAUGUAAAGAACUAGAAAUAGCAGUAGCUCCUACUGCUCUCAUAGGCCUUCAAGCAUUAGCUGUGCAUGCUAGAAACAAUAACUUGUCUGGCACGCUUUUGGUUAGGCACCUCAGCAUUUCUCAAGUUUCCACAGUUUGCCUUCACUUAUGGUUUUACUUCUCAAUGAUGUCAUGUGAAUGUAAUGGCUUGAAACCCCCGCCUUCCAGCCACCUCAUUGGUUUGAAACACUUUAUUCGUUAAGCCAAAAUACUGCAUGAUACACUCAGUUAUCACAUUGCUUCCUGGCAUUCCUUUUUAUGUUUCUGCUAUCAAAAAUAGCAUUAGGACUCUAAGGUGAGAUUUUUCACCUCUUACACUACUCCUGUACAACACAGUACAAACGCACCCCUGGAGAGAACUACCUGACAGCUCCUUGUAGUUCAGUGGCAAUUUUUUCAGCAAGCAAAAAGAGGAUAACUUUCAGCAAUACGUUUUCCUAAUGGAAGAUGAAAUAACAUGAUAUUUUAAUCUAACACUUUUCUAAUAUGCAUAUUUAGAAGAUCCCUGUGUUUCCAGUGGUACAGGAUUUUAUUCUGGUCCACACAGACUUGCUGUAACCCUCUCAUUUCUUGAGAAUCAGGAAUUUUUUUGAAACUGAAGCCUCAUGUGAGCUAACAGCUUGCAGCAAGUCACCUGAAAGUUUUUGCUCCACAGGUAUCUUUUGUUGUUAACACAAUCCCUCAUGCUUUAAAAUUCCACACUGUAUGCUGCACACUGCACCUUCGCUAUUCAGCAAGUUGGCAGGGGAAAUACCAUGACUGGGCAGGUGGUUUUCCCAGGGCGAGAGGCACAUGUCAGAUUCACUUAGUUUGCUUGUUAAAGUUCCUUUAAAAAAAAAAAAUCUAUCUAUCAUGGCUGUCAUAGCUUCUGUUAAUUAAAAUCUUUCUAUUUCUUCCCUGCAUUUCUAACACUUAAUUUCAAAUCCAUCCACGAAGCAAAGCCAUAGAUUUAUGACCUAUCAGUUGAGCCCAAAUAAAGCCCACUCAGCCCUUCAGUUCUACUUUCUAUAGUCCCUAUUGUACGUGCUUUUUUAACAAAGGUGGAGUCUUGUAUACAUUUGUACUAUUUCAGCACAUAGUACAAUAAAAUUUUAAAAUUUUGCAGCCAGCAUAUGUUUUUGAUCACUUGUAAUACUUUGUAAUGGUGAAAUCAAAGUGAAAUGCUUGCAGAGCUAGUUACAAGCUACAUUUUGUGCCUAAUUUACCUUGAAAGUACAUUAAUCCUUGAGGGUUUUUAACUAUCUUUGAUUGUAAACCCUACAUAACAACAGUAGUGCUCAUUCCGCAAGGUUUUGCUCUGGUCUUUAAAUCCAUAUGUAUAACGUGUUUGCCUUAGUAUAUAACAUUUUUCAACAGUAAACUUCUUAUGAAUUAAAAAAGGAAAAAUGUACUUGUUUAAAUAUAAAGUUACUCAGAAUUUACUGUGCUGUACUGUUUGUCCCAUAUGCCCUCCCCAUCUUAAAUGCCAUUUCAUUAGCUUCUGAGAAGUAGCUUCUCCUCCCAUCUAAUGAAACAUCAUCACAUCAGCAGCCAUCACCCACCUGACAGCAAGUAGUGGUUGUGCUGCACGUGAGCAGGUGAAGUUUUGUGCAUAUAACUUCUGUGACAGCACUAGAACCCAGCUGUUCAUGGUUCUCAUUUCUAGGUACACCUGUAUCUUCCAGAGAUUUUGUCUAGGGAGAUGUCAUGACCAGUACAAGUUUAUAAGGUCUACUUUCUAUUUUCAGCUUUUUCCAGUGUUUCUCUACAUGUCUUUGGAUGAAUGCCUCCCAUGUUAACAAGCUCCAGGAGCAGUCCAUCCCAUAUUUCACUUAGACAUGCAGCAUAUCUGAAAAAUAGCAUCACAUAC